AUGGAGGAAGGUGAUGUUGGCUUAUGCCAGCGAAAAAAUCCAAGUGACAAGCAUCAUUCAGGUGCUCAGAAGCAUGAUGAAGAGAAUGUUUACCGCCAGGAGACAAAUGUCCUGGAGCAUAUUUCAGAAAACCACAUGAAAGGCAGCCAUCUACCUGGAAAAAGUUAUUUUAUUUCAGAUGACAUGAGUUAUGUUUUUGAGACAUUUGUUCAAGAUACAAUGAACAGACCGGAUAAGUCAUUUCAACAUAGAAAGCACAGAAAACGCGGAGUCAGACAAAAGACCUUUUCGAUGCAAAUUGGAAUUCAUGGACGUUUGAAAGUUCCGUGUCAUACAGUGACUGUCAUAUAUGACAUCAAUAACAAUGACAUAAUAACAGCAUUCCCAACCAUUUAA